AAUUAGUUUUCCCAUCGUCUUCAAAAUCAACUCAGUCCAUUCAUGGUUUCAGAUUAAAAAAUAUAACAAAAUUAGCGUUUUCUUUUUGUUUGUUUCUAGAGAAAUUAACAUCUGACCAAUUAUCGUCGGCUGCAAAUGAAUAUACCGGAGCAGAUACAUGAUGAAUAUUUCGUUCGUGAUUUUAAAUAUGAUUUAGCUGAGGGAUUUUUCGGAUAUGAAAAAUUGAUGGCGGAUUUAAAUCGCAUUAACAACCAGAUUGUUGAAAACCACAUUUUAAUUAAUGAUACUGUUUACAAAAUACUUGAUCCACAUCUUACUAAACGGCGUUUGCAUCGGAGAGCAGAAGGGAUAGUGUGGGCUUAUAAAUAUCAAUCUAGGAAAUCUUGGGCAAAAAAAAAAGCAAUAUGAAACUUCUAACUCUUUUGAUAUGUUUUCUCGUAGUAAUGAAUAUCCUAAAUAUUUCACAAUAACUAUUUCUCAAUCUCACAAUGGAGUAUUUUCAGAGGGCAGUGUGUCUUUUAAAUUUCUACGAUGUUCCUUAUAUUUUGUUUCCUUUAGAAUUUAUAUGGAUGAUGUCUGGUCGUCGUGGAUUCCAUUUAAACAAUGGGGAGGAAAUUUCUUUAUAGAGGAUGGUUUUCCAAAUUCUUCGCAUGAUUUAAUUUUAGGUGUCAAAUAUAGGAGAUUAUCCGGUUUAAGUGAUAGAGUUGGUUUUGAGAUAAUUAAGAAUAGUUUUUUUGAGUUGAUUCAGUAUCCCGAUAGGACAUUUGAUGCUGAGGGCGUGGCUAAUAUAACUUUUGUAUUUGCCGAGAGUUUGCGGUUCCGCUCGGUCUAUAAGGUGUUGGCUGAGAAUCAAGGAGCUAAAUUUACUACGGGGACAAAUAUUAACCUCAAAUGUGUUUUAAAAUGGGCUGAUAGAUCAACUGAGCUCUUAAUUCAUUCUUUUAAACCUGAGGAAGCUAUCAAAUCAAUUGACGAAACGCAUCGAGAUGUCAAUCUUAUUACCCCAUCUCGUCAUGUAAGGUUCGAAGAUGUUCCGGAAAUGGGCGACAACACUUAUGUGCGGGUGAGGAAGAUGUGAAUUGAAGACAAAAAGAAGGGAAAAGAAGCAGCAAAAGCUGGGAAAGAAGCAAAGAAAGAAGAAGUGACCAAUAUUCUGUUUCUAAUUAGUUUCUCAAGUCAUAAUAGGAUCGCAUGGCAUGGAUGUUUUGAUUGUUUAGUCUGCAAUGUAAUGGGCCUUUUGUUUUGUGGCAGAAGCCAAAGAUUAAACAUUUGAGUUUUGAUUGUUUUGUGGCAUGGAUGUUUUGAUUGUUUUUAGAAGUAUGUUAAAGGGUUCA